GCAGAGCACAGUCUAUAUGAGAGCUGCCUUAUAAAAACCUGCUGAAUGAAUGGAAUGAAUGAAUGGAUGGAUGUUAGAUUCUGAGCUUUCUUACACGGUAGUUUCAAAUUGUGGUGAAUUUGUUGUGUUCCAUCUGGGUAUUGUUGGAGGCCAGGAAAGACCUUUCUAUUCGAUCCUAGAAGCUGAGACUGUGCUGUGCACUGCCUGGAUAGGACCAGCUUCUGGCAGUUCCAUUUAUCCAGAGGCAGAAGGGACUCCCCUGCCUGCAUGGAGCACUGUUGCCAGUUUCAAUAAAGAAGCUAAAUUGCCUAAGGAAACAGUGUUUCCUCUUACAAGGUACGAUCUUGGCUCCUCUGCCAUGAGGGGGGCUGUUCUUGGAAAUGUACUCCAGAUUUCCUAUUUAACCAGGAUAGGAAUUGCAUUGCUGCAUACUUCCCCUGCUGAGGCCCUAUGAAAGGAACGAGUUGGGACAGAUACAGCAAGAUCUUAGGACAAAUUUUCCCCAUUCUUCAUGCUGUACAACACAAAAGUGAACUUGAUUUCAACAAGAUGACCCAAUUCUUAGCAUGCUUUUCUACCUACCUUUACCCAUAACUCUUCCAAAUCACUGUCUUUGAUUCAUAUUGUGCAGAGAAACAAGAAAUGAAAAGAAGAUAAACUGGCUAGUUAAAAGUAAAACGGCAUUUAAUUAAAACUAAGUUUGCAAAUUC